AUGGAUCUCGCGUCGGUGGCCGCACCAUCCAUUGUAGUUGAAGUCUUCCUACUCCUCUGGCGAAUGGGAUCCGUCCAAUCUCAAGGUUAUGACGGAGGCAGUGAUUGUGCAAGCGGUGAACAACAGCUGGCUGCUUGCAGGCCAAGCGGCCUUGGAUGGUAUGCGCUGAAGGCGUUCACCCCGGCCGGUCCCUCAGCACAGCCAAGCCUUCAUAUGGUUCCAUUGUGCUCCGUAUCUUGGCUGCAUUAUUAG